AUGUCUGCAACAUCUGUAAACCCUAACAAUUGGCACUGGACUAGCAAGGAUUGUCGGAUCUGGACUAGGGAGUACCUUGACAAUGAGCUUACCAAGGUCUCGGUGGAUGAAGGCGACAAGAAGGCCGCCAUUACGCGAGUUAUAAGUUGUGAAGGUGAUGUGGAUGUUGCUAUGCGGAAACGUAAGGUCAUCACCAUCUAUGAUUUGAAGAUUCAAAUGGAAUUCAAGGGCGAAGUCGAAGGUACAGAAGCCUCCGGUUCCAUUACUUGUCCUGAGGUUUCCUAUGAUUUGGGUCCUUCCGAUUACGUUUUUGAAACGGACGUGUAUGAAGCCACCAAAGAAAAGGAACCAGUGAAACAAUUUGUUCGCGAGAAGUUACUACCCAAGGUUCGUGAAUUUUUGAGUAACCUUUCCCGAGUUUUGCUGGAAAAUCAUGGCAACGACGUUUACUUGUCAUCCGAAGAACACAAUGGAAAUGCUGCUCGGGGACUUCCUAGUCACAGUAGCCUUACUGCUCAGCAAAAAAUCGGUAAAACCUCUAUCAACACACCUAGCAAGGUUGCUACUUCCCUCCCUGCCAGUUCUGGUUCGGACGGUACUCAUGCUUCUGCAGUCGUCAACACUUCGGACAUCUCUGAAAACUUUAGCUUUGAUGCUCCUGCUGACGAGCUUUACGUCACCUUGUUGGAUCCUGCACGUGUCGCUGCUUGGUCUCGUGCUCCUCCUCAGCUUGAUGUUCGUCCUCAGGGUCCCUUUUCCCUCUUUCAUGGCAACGUCGUCGGACGUUUCCUUGUCCUGGAAGAAAAUAAACGCAUUGUACAGACCUGGCGUUUAGCUGCCUGGCCCACUGGCCACUAUGCUGAAAUCAGCUUCAGUUUUGACCAAGCUGAUACUUACACCACAUUGCGCAUGGUCAUGAAGGGAGUGCCCAUUGGUGAAGAAGAGAUGGUUCAAAACAAUAUUAUGAAUUACUACAUCCGUCCUAUUAAAACUAUCUUUGGUUUCGGCGCUGUCCUAUAA